GCUCUUCUGAGAAAUGUCAUCCGGAAGAGGGGAGGGCUGAAGGACUGGAGGGAGACGUACCCUGUCCAGUGGCUACAGAAAGACUCUGUCAAUUGUGGGAUUUUUGUCUGCUCAGCUACUGAAAAUGAAGUCAACAAAAUAGAUGUCCAAGAGGAGGGACUGACAAUGACCCAAUGCCGGAUUCUACGUAGAUUCCAUGGAGAAGAAAUGAUCAAGAAUGUCGAUGAAGCAGCCUUCCCUCCCACCAAUGAAGAGUUGGAAAAAAUCAAAGGAGAAGAGGCUAGGCUGCAGAAGAAAGAAGAAAAUGAGGUGGACUCCAACUGUCACUGCAUUGCAUGGCCCAUAAAAGCCUACAUUUAUCAACGCAUUGUUGGGUCCAACAAAUUUCUUCAUGAAAACAUAAAGAACUACCAAUGGCUUCAAUGUAAAAACUGCAACAAAUGGAUUCAUUUCCAUUGCGCUGGAGUAAUAGGAGAGUGGACUGAAAGAGACUUCGAUUGUGGCUGCAAUAAAGCACCCCAAACAAAUGUUAAGUCAAGCCUGGACUCAACAGAGGUGGACAGCAUAUUGACCGACCAAGAAAUACAGGAUGUGGAUGAAAAUCUAAGAAAUGGCAAGCUUCUGUCCAACAGAUUAUUUCUUCACAAAAACAAGGGGUUUGAUCCAGGGCUCCAGAUGAUUUAUGCCAACAGCAACACAUUGUUGGAUGAAACAAAGACUGCACAGAUGAUGAACAGGCUACAGACCAUCCUGUCUGUACCAGGAACAGAAACCGAGCAGCACAUGUACCUGGAAGAAGUAAUGCUGCCAGAGGUAACAAUUCAGUGGCUGAGGCAAACUUUCGGCCUUUGGCGACAUGAGGCAGAAGCUCUCCUAUUCAAACAGGAUGAUUCCCAAAGUGGACAACAGGCAAGCAGCAGCCCCACAGGCCAAGAGCACACAGGCCAACUUGACAUUGAAAAGGAAGACAAAAAAGUUGACACACGACUGGCACACAUUUUGUUGGCAGCCCAGUGGUGCAAGACAAAGGUUUUCAAGGGAACAGUCACUGAGCCUGAGGUUUUAGAGAUGGACAAUGAAGAGCAGCGCAGAGCCGUGGAAGAACUUAAAAAGGACAGUGGUGAUGAAAAUCUCAGCUCAGCACGUGAACUUUUUCUAUUUACUUUCCAAUAUCACAGUGACUUCGACAUGUUUUGUGAGGAGUUCGUCGAUAAGGGCUACAAGGUUGAUGCUUGUUUUGAAGAAUGUGAUUAGUUUUGGGGAAUAUUGUUGAUAUUUUUUUUUUUAGAUAUUUUUUGGGCAUCUUUAAGCCUUUAAUUGAUAGGACAGCAAGUGUGAAGGGGGGAGA